CUUUGCUGACAGCAGGGACUUCACGCGGAGAGGAGUAGCUUUCCAUUGUGGCGAGCAUUGAGUUUACAGUUUUACUGUUAUAUAAUUCGGUCCGCGCUCGGUGUCUUGGCGGCGUGUUCCUCCUCGGGUGUCGAUAACCAGCCGUCAGAAGCCGGAAUGGCCGAGCCGAGCGCCAGAUAUCAGCAGCUCCCCAAUGAGGAAGAUCCAGAAGAGAGUCCACAGAUGGCCGCUGAUGCUCCCCCACCAUACAGCAGCAUCGCAGCGGACAAUUCUGCUUAUUUUGACUACAAGGAAGAUGGGGUUUUCCCGAAGCCUCCAUCAUACAAUGUAGCAACAACGCUGCCUUCAUAUGACGAAGCAGAGCGAACCAAGGCUGAGAGCACCGUUCCCCUGGUUACCGGAAGACAGCAGCCUCAGCACAGGGAACGCCUGGAGACUUUUGACGAUGUAAUUCGCAGUUCACUGGAGGAUGAAGACUUUGUGACCAGAGAUGACUUUGAAGAUGCCGAUCAGCUGAGGAUAGGAAAUGAUGGCAUCUUCAUGCUCACCUUCUUCAUGGCAUUCCUGUUCAACUGGAUUGGGUUUUUCCUGUCUUUCUGCCUGACCACCUCAGCGGCCGGCCGCUAUGGAGCCAUCUCUGGCUUUGGUCUGUCUCUCAUCAAAUGGAUCCUCAUAGUCCGGUUCUCCACAUACUUCCCUGGUUACUUUGAUGGACAGUACUGGCUGUGGUGGGUGUUCCUGGUGUUGGGUUUUUUGCUUUUCCUUCGGGGAUUCAUCAACUAUGCCAGAAUCCGGAAGAUGGCCGACACUUUCUCCACCCUGCCCCGCACUCGAGUCCUCUUCAUUUACUGAUUCCACAAAGCCACCACUUUCCUCCAUGGUGUUUUCUUUCUUUUAAUUUUUUUUUUUUUUUUUUUUAAAUAGAGACAUUAUGUCUGGCGUUAUCCAAUCAGAAAGGGAGAGAAGGACAGUACAACAUCUUUUCUCCCGUCUUGGUGUAAAAACA